CACGUGGGUGCUCAAAGUCCUUGGGUUGGGUCAGAGUCUUCCAUGAUUCCACGUGUCGUUAAUGCACCAAACAAGGGUAGUUUCGGUAUUUUAACUUCCGCAAAUUAGACAAACAGCUUUUUGUUGAUUGAUUUUCUCUCUUUUUUCUUCUCUUCUCUCUCUAUCUAAAUUCUCUCGAGCUCUUAAUUUUUUUUUCGUAAUUUUUUUUGAGUGUUCGUACGAGAUUUGUCGGAGAUUUUUUCGGUAAAUGUUAAAAUUUUUGGGAAUUUUUUAUUUAUUUAAAUAAACUUUUUAUUGGAUUUAUAAAAAGGGAAGGUCGUCAUUAACCGAAGAAAUGGAAUCUUCCAAAUUUGAUAUUUUGCUCUUUUCUUGGGAUUUGAAUUGCUCUUUAUCAUCAAGAAUCUGUUGAAAUUUCUAAUCUAAAAUCUAAAACAUAUUUUUCGUAAGUUGAGAAAAGGAGAGAUCUCUAAUAUUCUCCGACCGAAGUUAUUAUGUUGCAGAGGUUCAUGUCGAAGAAACAGAGAUUGUCUGAGGAAGAUGGAGAGGUAGAGAUUGAGUUAGACUUAGGUCUAUCUCUCAAUGGAAGAUUUGGUGUUGACCCACUUGCGAAAACGAGGCUCAUGAGGUCUUCGUCGGUUCUUGAUUUGGUGGUCAACGAUAGGUCAGGGCUGAGUAGGACUUGUUCGUUGCCGGUGGAAACGGAGGAAGAGUGGAGGAAGAGGAAGGAGUUGCAGAGUUUGAGGAGGCUUGAGGCUAAGAGGAAGAGAUCAGAGAAACAGAGGAAACAUAAAGCUGGUGGUGGUGAAGAGAAGGUUGUGGAAGAAGGAUCUAUUGGUUCUUCUGGUAGUGGUUCUUCUUGUUUGUCUGAAGUUGAUACUCUUCCUCCUCCUGUUCAAGCAACAACAAACAAGUCGAUGGAAACAAGCCCUUCAACCGCUCAAUCUCAGCCCGAGAAUCCGGGCAAAGAAGCGAGCCGAAACAUCAUAGAAGACAUGCCGUGCGUAUCAACAACAGGUGAUGGACCAAACGGGAAAAAGAUUGAUGGUUUUCUGUAUCGGUACCGCAAAGGUGAGGAGGUUAGGAUCGUGUGUGUGUGCCAUGGAAGCUUCCUUUCACCCGCAGAGUUCGUUAAACAUGCUGGUGGUGGUGAUGUAGCACAUCCCUUAAAGCACAUUGUUGUAAAUCCAUCUCCCUUCUUGUGACCCUUUUGAGUCUCUUUUGAGGGGUUUGUUGCAUCGGAACAAUGUUACAAAUUCUCAUAUCUCCUGAGGUGUAUAAACAGAAAUUUAUCGAACUCCCGAUUUUCAGAUUUUAUACAUAAAAAGUAUGGUUUCAUUCGUU